AUGACCUCAAGAAUGGAGAUGGCGGCUCGAUUAGGCGAUGGUAGGAAACUAUUCCGCCUUCUGCAUAAAGCAACUCAGAGAAAUGAUGAGGGACCUCAUCUCGUAAGGUGUAAAAAAUUCUUUGAGGCCAAACUUAGUCACGACGUGCCAUCUGUUAUAUCGGAUAUACCUGAACCGCUUGUCGAGCAAUAUGUUUACAAACUGACUGCAGAAUAA